CCCUGGGUCACGUGGUUGGCGGCGAUGGCGGACGACAAGUGGGUGCUGUACCGGGAGCGGCCCGAAUGGAAAGACGUGACGCCUGUGGCCCAAGACGACGGUGAGCGUCCGGUGGUGCGCAUAGCGUACUCGGAGCAGUUCCUCGAUGUGUUCGACUACUUCCGCGCCGUGUUGCGCUCGAACGAGCGCAGCGAGCGGGCCCUGGAACUGGUCACGGACGCCGCCUCGGUGAACCCGUCCAACUACACGGUGUGGCACUAUCGCCGACUCCUGCUCAAGGACCUGGCUGUCGACCUGGCCUCCGAGCUGAGCUAUAUCCACGCCGUCAUCGAAGAAAACCCCAAGAACUAUCAGGUGUGGCACCAUCGGCGUGUCGUGGUCGAGUGGCUCCAAGACGGCUCGGGAGAGAAGGCCUUCACGGAAACAAUCCUGAACAUGGACGCCAAGAACUACCAUGCCUGGCAGCACCGCCAGUGGGCUCUGGCAGAGUUUGGGCUGUGGGACCGAGAGCUGGACUUCACCACGCAGCUGCUCAGCAAUGACGUGCGCAACAACUCGGCCUGGAACCAGCGCUUCUUUGUCAUCAGCCAAACGGUUGGCUUCACUGAAGAAGUUGUGGAGCGGGAGUGCGCCUAUGCCAUGGAGUGCAUCCGCAAGGCACCGCACAAUGAGAGCCCCUGGAACUACCUGCGUGGUGUGAUUGACGCUGCAGGAGGUGCCGAACGGCCCGAGGUGCAGGACUUCUGCAAGAGCCUCUACGAGGGCAACUGCCGCGUAGCCUAUUUGCUGGCCUUCAUGGUGGAUUCGCUGGCUAGUCGUCUGGAGAACGAGCCAAAGUUAUUAGAGCUUGCACUCAAGCUUUGCCGCGUGUUGGCACAAGAGCAGGACGUCAUUCGACGCGAGUACUGGAAUUUCAUGGCACGUGACCUUGAAGCCCAGCACAGACGCAGCGAGGGAUGACGUAAAGGUUUAAUUGUGGUCUGGCUAGUGCGUUUUGUCUUCAGCCAAUGUUAUUUGGGGGAAAGUUACGUUGACACAAAAAGUGUGUAUGGUUGAAAAUUAGCUGCUGUGCCUGUUAAGGCUGAAUAUCAAGGAUUACCUUUGUACUGCAGUGGUAUAAUUACAAAGGACACUUCACACCACAGCUUCAGAUAUUGCAAACAGUGCUGAGCACUGUGCAUAGAAAGUUGCAUGACAUGUAUUUGUACUGCAACGACCAUUCUGGGGUUUUAGCGCGGUGGGAUACAUUGCAAAGGAAUAGAACAUAAUGGCACAUAAUAAAGAUGUACCGGUUACAAAAUCUGCAUAAAACUGGCGAAUCACUAUGAAAAUAGGGUGACGCAACCGUUAAUAUGGGUAUUAUUUUUGGCCCUGAAGACACGGCGAGGCGACCACACUUGCGGCACAGUCAAGACGAAUCCCCACAACCGAUGACGAACACCACAUGACCAUGAACAGGGAGUAAACUCGACUUGCUGCGCAACCAGCAGGAAGGAAGGAGGGAGACAGGAAAGAGCGCUGUCUCCCUCCUUCUUUCCUGCUGGUUGCACAGCAAGUCGAGUUUACAAGUAUGAACCCACUAGUCUGCAAAGAAGUAUUCAUCAACAUGGAAACACUGCUUUCAGCAGCAAAGUAUGUUUCAGUUAUCAAGAAAGGAUAAAAAGAACUGUCACAGGUCUACGCGAACAGUAUUGCUGCUAUGUUUAUUGUAGUCUCCUGACUUUUCGUCGAAGAAAUGAGUAAAAAAAAAAAAAACGAGUUUCAGCGUAAAGGCAAAUCAAUUAGUUUAAUACGAACAAAAGUAGUGUAAGCCCGUCGAUACGUUUUUCAGGAGACUGUAUAAGAAUGCGUAGGAGCUGUGAAAUGAAAAAUAUUAUAAAAUGAGUUCUAGUGAAAUGCACACUUUAUGUCAGUGCUUUUGCAUGAAAAAAAAAUCGCGCAGUGUUAGCUCAGAUAUUUUUUCACGGCUGAUCAAGAUAAGGCGAGUAAUAGACCUUUUUUCAAGCAAUCCCAGAAUGCCCUGCGAGCGUGCAGAGCACGAUGGGAAAGCCGGCUGUUCGGCUGGUCGUUGCCGCUGAGGAAGCACAAAACGAAAACAACACGUCGCUGCUUCUUGACUAUCCUUAAAUGGUAACGUGACUAUAGAGACAUAGAGUUUGGUACUUUAAUACCUAGAGGGGAAUCUGGCGCUAGUGUCUAUGCGGUCUCCUUCAGCGGCGCUUGAGCCACCAUGGGAAUGAUGGGAAGGACAGGCUUCGGAUCUGCUUCGGAUGGCUUUCGUUCUUGAGAUUCGCGACGCUUGUUUGCCGAGUGUAAAACAAAGUGUUAUGAAGUUAUUUCCAAUUAAAUCUUGCUUCAUUCUCUUGCACGUAAAGCUUAAUGCAAAAAGCUUGCGUGACCUGAGAUGGAAGUGAAACCUGGGCAAUUUCAACCACAAGGGUAUGCAUUGCUCUGCAGCUGUGUUCCAGAUUUGGCAUCACGAUAUAAUGAAUUAUUUUUUUUACAACACUUGAAAACAGACACGCUUGUUACCCCCUCGAAAGUACGCAACAUCUAUUGAUGGAAAUAACAGUACUGUAUUGAGUGACAAACACCUAACGUGUCGUCUGCUGCGAUGUAAGGUGUGUCUGUCUAAGUGGCCUGCCCCCAACGCAUCUCUCGUUUUAUUGUGAAGUCGAAUUGGAGGAGCGUGACGGUGCUUCUACUUAGCUUCACCGUCGUUUUGCAGUCGAUUUGAACGAGUUUCUUCAAUACGCGCUUGUAAAGAAACGUGAACUCUGUGCAGUAUUCUGCUCUGGCAGCGGUGAGUGCACGACGCUUUGCUAAAACUGUCAAAUACAACCUGUAAAGCUGCAACGUCGCAGUAAACCAAGAGAGCUAGUGGUCCUCAGCCUCUUUGAACAACAAAGGCACUGCUUGAGUGCUUUGCAACGCACGCCACUACCGACGCUGCGCGAAGAACGAAACUGAAACUAUAGAAAAAGAUCUGUAGACAGUUCGCUAGCUAACGCUAUCCAAUCCGAAGCGUGUACUUCCCAUCAUUCCCAUGGUGCCUCAACGAUCGCAGCGCCAGUUUCCUCUCUAGGUUAUUACAGGAAACUAUGACUGCACAUAUCGGAACGCAGCUGCAUGAAUCGCUACACAUGAAAUGUGAAAGUCAGUCUAGGCGUUACCGAGCACACAUAUGUAGCAGCUACGGCAUGCGCGUCACGGCGUGCCGGUAUCGGGAAGAUGUACUAUCGUAAGCAAUAUUAGCUGGAACACCGAUUAGACCUUUUUCAACCGAUCCCAGAACCCCCCGCGGGCGCGCGAAGCACUAUGGGAAAAGUGUGUACGGCGAGCCCGCCGGCUGUUCCGUCGCUCGCUGCUCGUUGGCGCCGUUGGAGCACUAAACGAAGAAAACGCUUCGCCGCUGGUUGACUAUUAUUAAAUCCUAAGUACUACACAUGUCUGAACGCACCUGCAUGUAUCUCUACGCAUGAAAUGCGAAAGGAAUGAUGCGGUCAGUGUAGGUAUUACCUAUCGGAUGUGUACCGGAUGUAGCAGUUAAGCAGCAUACGAGUUAUCACGUGCUGAUAAAUGCAGUCAAAACGUGCUACCGUGAGUAAUGUGAGCUUGAACACCGAAUUUGUAUUUAUUCAAUGAUUACUUGUUCACAAGCCGCUAUGGCAUUUAAUAUCAUAGCGGCUCAUGAUCGGGUUUAACAAAACUGUAGAGAGCUGUUACAAUGUUCAGUUAUACAGAUGAUUAUUUAAAUUUAAUUGAGAAGUCACGCGCUGUACAAAGAAGUGAGCACAUUCUAAACGUGUUUAAAGAAAAAGGGAUGGGACUAGAAUUCACAUGCGAGAUGCCUUGCUUCUGAUAAUUUGGAGUUUCUUGAUACAUGCUUUUAAGUUUCACUGCGGAGCAUGUUUGCGGGCAUGCAGUACAGCCCGCGUUCAGCGAAAUCGGUGUUUAAUUUCGCGUCAGCGCAUUCGAACAUUGUUAAACGAGGAAUUGUGAUAUCAUGAUUAAGCACAUCAUUGGAAAAAUACUUUCGCACAUUAGAUGAGCAGUAGUUUUCAGCUGCAAAGUGAUCAAAGAGGCGGGAUAUCCUGCGUAUUGCUGUAUCGGUUUGCGAAAGUCUGUUGUCAUGGGAAAGAAAGAUUAACACGGACGUCCUCCAUCCGUAAAUAAUGAAGAAACUAGAAAUAUUCCACAUAUGUAUAAGAAGUCGCAUGGCCUGAAGAAGGUGGAAGCGAUGUGUGGGUGAAGGUUGUGUCUGCCGCCCCAAAUAAGUUUAGUCGCAUUAAGGUCGCAGAAGUCUGCGAUGGGCAAAGAAAAAUGCAGUCAGAGGCAUGCCAAUUGUUUUGUAGAUUGUGUAGGAGUUAAGCGCAAAUUUUUCUUUCUUGUGUCCACAUGUACAUCAGCCAGAUUGGUUGAUGUAUUAAUAUGCGCCUCAGCGAGCUUCGAAAUUCAUUGAAUGGAGCCGUCUCAUCUCGCAUCGCAUUUUCAGUCAUGAAAAUGUAAUCCUAUCUUCGAAAGCACAGUAAUUUUGUACUAUCCACCUAAUCGGACAACCCGGGAAAUUUCGAAAGCACAUUAUGUCACAAAUAACGCCACACUUUGUGUCAGUCAACCUUCUGAGAAGUUACAAGACGAGGAAUUCAGCUUUAUUAAUCGACUGUAAGCACGCGCCUUGGUUGUCUGACUUUUUGUGCCUCUUUAUGACACGCGCGACGCACUCCCAUUUCUGUAUAUAUGCUUUUUUGUCACGCGUGCAAUAAACUUUCAGUUGUGUGUGA